CCUUCCCAAUCAUCCACUACAACCUUAUAACAUCCUCGCCUAGCUAAUUAAGAAAAAUCUUACACUCUCCUAGCCUGCUUCUUCUAUACACACUACAGCGAUCGUCGUUCAGUAGUCAUGGCGUCCUCUUCUUCUUCUUGGUUUGCACUGCUCCUCUUCGUUGGUCUCGCCUGCACGGCGGCCAAUUCCAACGUGCUCUCCGCGGGGUACUACGAAAAGACAUGCCCAAACGUACAGGGCGUCGUGAGGUCCGUGAUGGCGCACAGGGUGGCCGGCGAGCCGAGGAUGGCACCCGCAGUCCUCCGCCUCUUCUUCCAUGACUGCUUCGUCAACGGAUGUGACGGCUCUGUUCUCCUGGAUGCCACGCCAUUCUCCGCCAGCGAGAAGGACGCGGAGCCGAACGACUCGCUCACGGGCUUCACGGUAAUCGACGAAAUCAAGUCCAUUCUCGAGCACGACUGUCCGGCCACGGUCUCCUGCGCCGACGUGCUGGCCCUGGCGUCCCGCGACGCCGUGGCCCUUCUCGGAGGCCCCACCUGGGCCGUGCCGCUGGGCCGCAAGGACUCACGGGCCGCCGCUGACCCAGAGUCCACCAAGAACGCGCUCCCGAGCCCAAAAGAUAACCUGGAAGAACUCAUCACCAUGUUCGCAAAGCACGGCCUCGACGCCAGCGACAUGACGGCGCUCUCGGGUGCGCACACCGUCGGCAUGGCCAAAUGCGAGAGCUACAGGGACCGUGUCUACGGGAUUGACAACGAGCACUACAUCGAUCCUUCCUUCGCGGACGCCAGGCGGCAAACGUGCCCGUUGCAAGAAGGCCCCUCCGACGGGAAAGCGCCGUUUGACUCGCAGACGCCCAUGAGGUUCGACAACGCCUACUACCGGGACCUUACCGCGCACCGCGGCCUUCUGUCCUCCGACCAGGCUCUCUACGGGGGGCACGGUGGGAUGCAGGACCAUCUGGUGGAGAUGUACAGCACCGAUGGUGAGGCCUUCGCCAGGGACUUCGCCAACGCCAUGGUCAAGAUGGGGAACAUACCACCACCCAUGGGGAUGCCCGUCGAGGUCAGGCUCCACUGCUCCAAGGUCAACUAUUGAUAUUCAUAGCUUCGUGGAAAAUUAAUUAAGUCCCCAUCGUAUGGGAUUAAUUCAACUGUCAAAUAAACAUUUUGUGCCAAGUAAAUUGUAAGUGCUCAAUUGUUUAUUGUUA